GACCCGAACUUAAGUCCAGCUGCAGCCAGAGUGUCCACUCGACCACUUGUCCACGCCGCUGGGCUGACGUGCAGCACGCUUGGGUGACACUUGAUUUUCGAUCGACACGCUUGCGGGCGCCGCCAUGGUUGUAACCGUUGUCGUGACAUUGUCGAUCAGUGUGUGGUUCCCUUCCUUCCUGUUGAGCAAGCCAUUCUACGACGCCGGUACGGACUUGCCUGGGUCCUUGCUUUUGUUACCUCAACAGAUUAACCGUAACGAAAAAAAAAAUGUCGCGAUUUGAGCAUUAACCGAUCACUUAGAAGCGUUAUUUAUACCAAUCUCCCUGCCCUACAUAUAAUGUUUCCUUCAACAGUUUUAACGCGCUGCUAUGCGCAAUGAUUUGCGUGUAUCAUGAGGGCCCAUUCUGCGUGGCCAUCUUACGAUAGCGAGAAAACACAGCACCUGAAAAAGGCUAUAAUCGCAGCAUACAGUAAUUUCCGUAUCUUCUAUAAUGGAUUGACGUUUUCCUUCUCCUAUUCUUUUGCCACCUUGUAAAGGCAAAGAAACAGAAGAGCUGCUCGUACCACCGUCUGCCUAUUUAAGUCCGGCGCUAGGCCGAGGUUUCUCCCAGCGAUCUCCAGUUACCCUCGUGUUGCGACAGUUGACUCAUCGAGAUCAGCUAACCUUGCCCACCAGGUCACCUAUCUUCUGCGCAUGACGCUUCUUUCCUGCGCAGGCUGUUUCUUGGUGGCAAAGGGGAGGAAGCGGAACGCGAUGCCGAGACGCCGUGGAACCAGAACCUUGACCGCCAUGGCAUUCGGCCGAAGAGUGCGACUAUGUCUCGGCCACGAUCGUUCGUGCCGUCGCCUUCCGUAAGGGGGCGACUGCGGGCCUUGUGGGAGAGCGGCGAGUGGAGCCGCUCGGAGGAGCCUCCCCUCCCCCGCAUUAUCCGCAUACCACCUGACCGCUGGCAGCAGACCUCUUCGAGCCCCCGUAAAGGGGGCUCUCCGGCGCCUUCGACGAGCGCCAACACCAGUGCGGCAACGCGGGCGUCUGGCAGUGACAAGACGUCACCCAGGGCUCCCUUCGAGAAGUCGCCCCUGGUUCAGGGGCCGCCACUGCAGGAGCCGCCGCCGCUUUCCGCGGCAUGGCUCGCGCAGAAGCUGCUCACUUCGAACUUACACAACGCCCAGGCCGAUGACGACGAUGGCAUCGUUGUACGCGUCCAGCGGGAAGACAAGAAAGCGUCGCCGAUGGCAACGUCGCAGUCGCAGCCUCCGCAAAAACUUAACCACCGCUCAGACGUAGGCGUCCUACGGGAAGAUCAGAAAGUGUCGCCGACGGCUACGUCGCAGUCGAAGCCCCCGCAAGGACGUGACGAGCGGUCACUCCUCCCGCCCUCCGACAGCAGUUCCAAGACCCGCGCGACACUUCGAGAAGGCGAGGGUCCCGACGAAGGCGGCGGCGGCGGCAGCAGUUCGUCACUGCCCAUCGAGUGGGACACGACAUUGGCGAACCGUCGUGGAAAUUCACUUGAGUGCAAUUUGCCUGCGGCGUCGGCCACUGGCCGAGAGACCAGAGACAGCGAUGAAACCGGAGAUGACGUUCCCUUAGAUAUUACCCCAUCGUUGCUGCCUUUUCACCCGUCCAGGGACGUCGAGAAGGCCUCUUCGCCGCCGCGGUACUCCCUGCAGCCUGCGUCCGUACCGAUCCCCAAGAACGCCGACGACGCCACCCUCGCCGAGCGGAGCUGUGUCAGGUUGGGCUCGCUGAAGGCAGAGACGCGGUGGCUUUCGAAAAGCGCGGCGCCCCCCUUCUCACGAGCGCGCUGGGCAUUGACCAGGCCACAGCAGCGGCAGAAGUCUGCACCUCCGUUAGGGGUAUCGAACGCGUCUCCCGUGGCGCUGGGCGACCGCGAUAUCUCCGGGCAAAAGAGGAAGGUGCAGGGACAGAUCCUCACACCCGAUGUCAGCAACCAGCAAGGCCUGGGCACCCCCUUCGCGGACAUCAACGAGGACACUCUCUCGGACACCGCGUCCGUUGCGCUCUCUUUCCUUUCGCCGACAUCUUCGCCCAGCAGCGAUGUGACGCUGCCCAGGCCGGACAUCGACAGCGUCAUGCUCAGGGCGGCGGACGCGGUAGAGAUGGACGAUGAUGGCGUUGCCUCCAAAGAUCUGGCGGGAGACGCUCGACUGGUGGAGGCGUUCGUGGCCUCGGCGCUGGAAGACGCAUCCUUGAGCGACGGGGCACCGCCCCCUCUGCCACUGAGUGGUGCGGAACGGGCGGCUCACGAGGAAGCGCGCGUCGCCAUGAUGGUCGAGGCACGGCGUGUUCGCGCCACCCCAUCAAGACCUGGAUCGUCAGCGCGCCGGUGGAAAGUUAACCCUUCGUCGCAGACUUCCCUGAAGCGACAGUUCCCGAUUGCUGCUCGGAAAGGUCGAAAUGGCUCUCGGAGUACUACACCGAACGGUCAUACCAAGGAAGUGCAAGCGGACCAGAGCUCGUCGUCCUCCACGGACAUCGACAACCUAGCCGAGAUGCUCACCAGCCUCAAGGUCGCCCAGCCGUACAGCAGCCACCACCGGGCCGAGCGUACGCUGCUACGCGAGUACUCUGUUGGCAUGGUGAACAGGAGUUCACCGGCUGCGGCGCCCUCGCUUCCUACGCGAGCGGAUUCUGCAAAUGGACUGCGCUCCACACGACCGGCUUCGCACGCAGCAGCAGUGAUCGACGCUCCAGCGCGCCUGGAAGACGCGUGUGAAGCAGAGCAAACAGCGCGUGAUGUCGAGACGGGACCGACGCCUGCCGUACCUGCACUGUUUUCCGUGGCCGAGCCAGAUAAAGUGGCGGUUGCGGUGCCGGAGUUACCGUCGCUCACGAACUCCGGUAGAAAGCGUGCCGGCGAGGAGGAGGGCAAUGCGGAGUGCGCCUCGUCCGAACACCAGCCGCCUCCGGCCGUGCCUUCGCUUUCCGAGGAGGACGAGACCGCCGACGCGACGACGUCGUCCCAGCCGCCCUCGAAGCACCGCCGCAGGUCUCUGCUGGCGCAGCUGCACCGCACUCGCACCGCCAACAGUCGCCUGGUGCCCCCCGCGGCCCCCACCUUCAGGCCAGCGCCUCAGAAGAGGUCCAUCCGCUUCCGCAGGACAGCGUCGAGCCAGCUGCAGGUAAUCGCCGAAGUACUGCACAGCGUCGAGACCCAGUCCCCAUCUGUGCCCCUGCGCUCCAAGGUGCCCUUCUCUGGUGAGGGAGAGGCAGUCCGCACAGAUUCGGCGAAGCGGAAGGACACGCCUGAGGUACCGCACGGCGAGGGGAGCCAAGAGACAGUUGGCCACUCCCAGCCGAUAGAGAGGGUUUCCUCUCCGCCGCACCAUUUCUCCGAUGGCUGCGCUGUGGCGUUGGAAUGCAGGACGCAGCCACCGAUUGCGUCGAGCCAUGUCCAUUACGAGCCUCCGCGGUCACGCAGCCCCUUUGCCGUGAAGAAGCACAUCACAGAGUCACUGCCCGAGUUCCAGGCGGCCGUCACUAGGAACGCGGAUGGUGGCAGCUCUGGCAGAGAGUUUCGGCCGAAUGCAAGAAAUGUGUCUGCCUACAGCUCUGUCCCGCCGUACUCUACCAGCGUCGAUAGUGGAGCCUGCGACACCAAGGCUUUCACGUCCAGCUUUAUUCCGACGAUACCGACAACCGGCGGCACAGCAGGGCGAAACGAGUUGGCGCCAUCCAUUCAGAACGAGCCUCCGUCAUACUGCUGGUCUCGCUUCUGGUCGGGUGUUGCCGCGUUCGUCGCUACGGCACAGGCCAGCCGCAACAGCGCGGCCAUCGCAGACCUGCCCGAGAGACACGCCUCCUUAUCGACGACGCCCGAAGACACCUGCACAGCAGCAGCCGGCAGUGAAGCCUCCGGUGUAGCCACGCUGAAGGCUUUCUCGGGCGACAGGCAGCGGAACGCGUCGAAUAGCCGAGCUCUCUCCACAGCGGGAAGAAGCCGUCCACACGAGGGAUCCAACGACGGUGGUGGAACGAAAACGCAGGCAUCACUCAUCAUGCCGCCAGCGGUACUGCCUAGAAAGACCAAGAACGUUCAGCUAGGCAGCGGCAUCGGCUCUACAGACCCGUCACCUGCCCUUGGCGUGCCACUACCUCGCCAUGAACUCGACGAUCGUCCUGGUUCCUUAAAGGAACGAAUGUCAAAAAUGAAUGACACUAUAGAAGUUGUUUCUGCGCAAGUUUCCGCGAACAUCGAAAAGAAGUGCACAGCACUGCUCGUGUCCCCUUCGUUGAAAGACUGGUCGAGUGUUGCGGGCAGUAGCGAAGCCAAUACAAAAUUAUCCGAGGCACCGACGGCGCCUUUUGCGCCACACAUUUAUCCUACCAUGCCGUCUGCCGUGUCCAGAACAGCAACGCUGUCUGCUUGCGAAACUCGAGAGAGCAACACUCGCCGCCGGCGUUCUCCGUGGCUUUCCUCUGGCAGCCUGCGCCAAGCUACCGAGAUGGUGAGCAGCAGAGUCGGGUGUUCUGCAGCGUCACCGACCGGUUCGGCCGACGGAGCACCGAAAACGAAGAGCACGGCGAGCGGCACCAAAACAAGGAGUCGUGAUCCGUCGUUCUCGCUCGAUGGAGUUCGUCACACCGACGAUGGCGAUCCUUCCGGCGUAGCUUUCGAGACGAAUGGGACGUUCAUCAGCGGCCUGUACCUUUCGGAGUUCAUGAACAAUCUGGACAUAUUCCCUCCACCCCAGCUGCAAGAACAGCCGCCGUCUGCUGCUGCCACCGACGUGUUUUCGGACGUGGUGGUCCCGCUUGAUCCUUCUAGCGAAGUCCGUCGUAGCGGCAAUCUGAGGGAAAUGGAGACGCCUUUCCUGACAUUAUUGCCCUCUAGUGGCUUCUCCGCGGGAGUGCAUUGUGAGCGGUCGGAGCCUUCGACAUCUUUCUCGAUGGUCAAGCCUACCCGCGUAGGCUUGCUUCCAGGGGAGGAACGGUGCACGCAGAAAGGCCAAAUGGCUCCUGAACGGCGCACACCCGAGCCACGGCAGGAUCCCACCCCAGAGAGCGGCUUCGGUUGCUGCACCCCGAAAGCCACUCCGCUGCGGGGUCGACCGCCGACGGCGGUUUCCGAUUUUUACUCGUGCUCAUCGCGCCUGUCAGAGCGACGACCACACUUCUUUAUAUCCAGCGCAAAAAAGCCCAAGAAAUCGCAUUUGAAUUGAGACUCUAUUAGUGCAACGUGAUAUCGUCAAUUUUACUUCAAUAUAUACACAUUUGUU